GUUUGUGGUGAUGUUGUGGAUUCACUUGAGUUUCCCACAGCAGUUUUCUCUAGAAGAGUGAAUGAAGUUACUUCAGCGAGCAGCCCCCUCUGUUGGCCAAAAAGAAGCACAGCGCGAUUGAGACCACAACCGGUGGGCUCUGCUGCCCGUUCUUUUUUGCCACGUAAAACAUUAUUUCACUUUGCGGUCUAUUUUUUUUUUUUUUUGCGGGGACAUUUCCAGGCGGAGACAUGCAACCAAAAACGGGGACUGUUCCCGGAAAACGGAGACGUCUGGUCACUCUAUCAUAAAAGCACCUCUAGGCUCUGGGGAAUUAGAUUUUAACAUGCUUUUUCGUCAUGACAACCGUUAAAGAGGUAGAACCUCGUGCGUGCAACCAAUGUGCUGCGACGCUCCGACACUCAACAUCAUUCACCCGCCCCAAUAGAAAAGUUUGUAAUGAAGUUUUAUUCUAGAGCGAACCGGACCGCACCGGACUAGUCAACCCAUAGAGGUGCAGCGCGCAGUGUUGCAUAUUCAGUGUUUUUUUUUUUUUUUUGAGCAACAUACAGCAAUGAAAGCCAUUGGAUUAACGUGAUUUGAUUUGAAAGCGGAUGGACCUUUCUCAUGUCCUGGCUGCUGUCCAGCAACAUAUAAGGCUCCCAUUGUGAUAGCACUGGUAACCACGGAUACAGAUGAAAUCAACAUCCUGUUCAAUCUUCCACACCGAUGUUUCCUACAUGUUGGGUUGGGUCUCACUGGAGAGUUGCUGCUGAUUUCUUUAAGGUUUGAAUCUGGUCUGGAUCUUGACCCAUGACAUUCUAGUGUUGAGGACAGCAGAAACUAUAAUUACCAUUUUGUUAGCCGGCCAUUCAUCCAACAUAAGCCAUGUUCACCCUGUCAGAGCUGGCCUCUCUGAGUGAGCACCAGGCCAGCUCCAAGCUGCUAAAACCCUGGUGGGAGGUCUUCAUGGAGUAUCUGGUGGUGCUGAUGCUCAUGGUAUCUGUGCUGUCCGGCACACUGCUGCUCUCUCGAGACCAGGUGGUUUGUCUCCCCCUGGACCUCCCCAUCACCCAGACGAACCAUAGCGAGGGUGGGCCAAUCCAUCGACCCCAGCCCCAGGCCAAGCCAUUUCCACCACCAGACAGCCCCUGGGUCCCUGCUAGGGGCAGACGCACACAUCUGGACUAUCAGCAGUACAUCUACAUCAGCCAGGUGUGCUACCACGAGGCCCUGCCCUGGUACUCUCGUUUUUUCCCAUACGUGGCCCUGCUCCAGUCACUGGUGAUGAUGGCCAGUGGCUGCUUCUGGUUCCACUUCCCGCUCACCUCUGCUCGCAUUGAGCACUUCCUGGCCAUCCUGGCCAAGUGCUGUGAGUCACCCUGGACCUCCCGAGCUCUGUCGCACGCCGCCCGCCAGGAGGAGGUAGAGGGGGACACCGGCCCCCAAAAGUUCCAAACGCCUCCUUCACCUCAGGCGUCAUCAGCCUCAGUACCCCGCAACCGCCAGUCUAGCAUGGACUCGGGCACGGACAGCCCACUUCUGGGGAGAUUGGAUGACAUGUCCACCGCCGCUCCUCCCUCGCCCUGCCCCUCGAUGCCCUUCCGGAGCUCCUCCCUGUCCUCAGUGUCGCCGACCCGGGGAUGCGUUCUGCCCUCUAAACCCUCUGGGGUGCUGGACAGUUCCCAGCGGGUUGCCAGUUUGGACCGGAGUGACGGUGAACAGGCCAGGGCACUGUUCGAGAGGGUACGCCGCUUCCGCUCCCACUGUGAGAACUCCGAUGUGAUCUACAAGGUGUACUUGGCCCAGACCCUGUUUAAGCUGCUGCUGGCGGUGCUAAUAGUGAGCUACACCACUCCUCUGAUGGGCUCCAUCUCCUUGAUCCACACCUGCCUUCCCCAGGCCCAUGCCCUGACUGGUUAUAGUGCCUUUGAGUGUACCCAUGCCCUGGCCUCGGUCCUUCACAAGCUACUGCUGGCCUAUGUCAGCCUGGUGGGGCUGUUUGGCCUGCUGAGCCUCUACGCCCUCAGCUGGAUACUCCACAGCUGCCUGCGCCAGUACUCCUUCAACAAACUAAGGGAGCUGGGCUCCAUGAGGGACGUCCCGGAUCUGUGUAAUGACCUGGCCUUCCUGCUGCACAUGGCUGACCAGUAUGACCCCCUGCUAGCCCAGCGCCUCUCUGUCUUCCUGUCACCCGUCAGUGAGACCUGCCUGCUGGAGGAGAGCCUGGAGAGGCGAUGGGGUGCCGAGAGACUGCACUCCAUGACCACGGUUGACCCCGAGGGACGGCCUCUGCUGCAGCUGGUGGCCCUGCCCCGCCUGCCUCCCGCCCUCUUUACCCUCAGCCAGCUGGUGGUGCUCAAGCUGGAGCUCAUCACAGAUGCCAAGCUCCCCGCACAGGUGGCCAACAUGACCUCACUCAGGGAGCUUCAUUUGUACCACUGCACAGCAGCUCUAGAGCCUGGUGCCCUGAUGGUUCUGCAGGAGCGUCUGGAGGUCCUGCACCUCACCUUCACUCAGGCUGCCGAGAUCCCCGGCUGGGUGUACUCUCUCCGCGGCCUGCAGGAGCUGCACCUGUCCGGCCGAAUGGGAUGUGAGAGUGGGGUGGGCCGUAGCUGGGCCCUGGGGAGCCUCCGGCAGCUCCGCCACCUCCGGAUGCUGGUGCUUAGGGGCAUGCUACAGCGUGUGCCAGGGGAGCUGGGGGAGGUGGCGGGGAGCCUGGUGAGGCUGGAGAUUCAUAACGAGGGCUCCAGGCUGCUAGUUCUGACAGGGCUUCGGCGCGUGGCGGGUCUGACUGAGCUGCGGCUACAGGGCUGCCACCUGGAGCGUAUACCCUCCGCCCUGCUGGCCCUCACCAGUCUGCGCACCCUGGACCUGCAAAACAACAGCCUGCGCACCCUGGAGGAGCUACUGGGGCUGGCCCACCUACGCCGGCUCUCCUGCCUACGGCUGGCUCACAACCGCAUUCUGUCUCUACCGGCCAGUGUUGGAGCGCUGCGUGCUCUGGAGCUCCUCGACCUGGGUUACAACCAGCUCCAGAGUCUGCCCCUGGCCCUGUUCAACCUCCACGGCCUACAUCGCCUCUUACUGGCCGGCAACUUGCUGGAGGAGCUACCGGCAGAGAUAGGGGCGCUGAGAUCUCUCACCGAACUGGACCUGAGUGGGAACAGGCUGGAGAGCCUCCCACCGGAGCUCUUCAGUCACUGCCUGGAGCUGCGGAGCCUCAAUGUAUCCCAUAAUUCCCUGGGUUCCCUGCCUCCAGGACUGAGAAAUCUAUGCCAGCUGUCUCGGCUGGACGUACGCAGCAACAGUCUGGAGGAUCUGCCCAUUGAGCUGGGCUGCUGCUCAGGACUGCAUGGAAAAGGUCUGCUAGUGGAGGACUGGCUGCUCCACUCACUGCCACGCCAUGUGAGGGAGUUCCUAACCCAGCCUGGAUCUCCCACAAGCAAGUCCACAGCUUCAAACUCCCGUCCAGACUCAGAUAGCUUCCCCUACUUCUCUACUACCCAGUGGAGCUUCUCCUCUGCUCCAGAGUCCCGGAUAUAGAACUGAAGAUGAACAUUGUUUAACGACACAUGUUUAACGAUCAGCCAUAACUUUAUGACCACUGACAGGUGAAGUGAAUAACACUGAUACACCCAUCAGCCAUAACAUUAU